AUGACAGACGCUUUAAAGCUUUUAGAAGAUCUUGACAAUAAAAGCCGUGAUGAACUUUCUCAGUUUAUUGAGCAGGAAAAUGGAAGAGCAAAGAUUCAGCAGGGUAUUCUUGAGUUUACAGAUCGAUGUUUUAAAAGAUGUGUUCUAGGCAAACUUGGAAAUAGCUUAGAUCGUAAUGAAGAGACAUGUCUUCAAAAUUGUGUUGAUAGAUGGCUUGAUGUUAAUAUUUAUCUUAUAAAAUAG